AUGAAGAGAGCAAGGCUUGACCCGAGACGUUUUGUAGUUUCUGCUUUCUUCUUGAUCAUCUUGUUCCUUUGCAUCUUAGGGUCAAUCAAUGAAGUCCGAUUUAUUAGCCUGUUGAAUUUUUGUGCUCUAGCCAAGUACAUGCCCUCACAAUCCUAUUAUAAGUACUCAUUAUCAUCGGAAGACUUGUUAGCCACAAAUGCUAAUUCCUCGGAUGAUAUUCGAAUACUCAUUGGCAUUCUAACACUUGCGGACAAAUACCACCGCCGUCACCUCCUCCGUCUCGUCUACGGCACACAGCAAUCUCCGGUGGGUGCCAAAGUUGACAUCAAGUUCGUGUUCUGCAACCUAACAAAGGAGGACCAAAAGGUGCUUGUUGCACUAGAGAUAAUGCGUUACGACGAUAUCAUAAUCCUCGAUUGCAAAGAGAACAUGAAGCAGGGUAAGACUUAUACCUACUUUUCAAGCUUGCCAGAAAUGCUAACCGACAGUACUACAAAUGUUGAUCCUUACCCACCAUAUCAUUAUGUCAUGAAAGCCGAUGACGAUUCCUAUUUCAGGGUGAACAAUUUGGUGGAUUCUUUGAGACCAUUGCCUAGAGAAGACUUGUACUAUGGUUAUGUUAUUCCAUGUCCGAGCAUGGAUCCCUUUGUGCAUUACAUGUCGGGGAUGGGCUAUUUGGUUUCCUGGGAUAUAGUUGAGUGGAUUAAGGAAUCUGAUAUUCCUAAGAACCAUACGAUAGGAUCUGAGGACAAGACUUUUGGGGACUGGAUGCGAGAAGGGAAUCGUGCUAAGAACAGGCACAAUGCUAAGUGGUCUAUGUACAAUUUUCCAGAUCCGCCCACGAGAUGCACGCACGAGCUUUGGCCAGGCACGAUCGCGGUUCAUUUGUUAAAGGACCAGGAGAAGUGGAUCCGGACAUUGAAGUAUUUCAAUGUCACUGCUAGUUUGAAACCAUCUAAGUUGUAUCAUAUCCCUUAG